CCGCCAUUCUUUUUUUUAUAUAUCUUCUAUCUUUUUUUUUUUUCUGCUGAUUCACUGGACGUCAUGACGACAACAACACCAUCCUUGGUUGUAUUUUCAGGUGGAACAGCAUGUAACCAUAUUGCCAAAUCAUUUCAUGAACUGGGUCAUAACGACAUUACUUAUUUUCUUGGUGUUAGUGACAAUGGUGGAUCUACAAGCGAAAUUUUACGAGUAUUGGGUGGACCAAGUAUUGGAGAUCUACGUUCUCGCUUGACACGAUUGAUUGACAUUAUUGAUCCAAAUCCUUCGGAUGAACGAGUGGCGAUCAAAGAACUUCUAAGUUACCGGUUAUCAAAUGAUCCUGAACAAGUCAAAGAUGAAUGGGCUUCUAUUGUAGAGGGUCGACACAGAUUAUGGAAAAGGAUUCCUGCUGAUAAAAAAGAAACUAUUCGUGGCUUUUUGACAAACUUCAACGGGGAAACUUUGAAACGAGCUCAUAAACGAUUCAACUUUUGUAAUGGUAGUAUUGGCAACUUCUUUUUGACAGGAGCAAGACUAUUCUUUGGAUCUCUGGAAGCUGCCUUAUUUUUGUUCUCCGCAAUCACUGGUAUCAGCGAACCAACCAUGGUUGUUCCCGUUAUCAAUACCAAUCACCAGGCAACAAUUGCAGCUCAAUUACAAAAUGGAGAAACUAUUAUCGGUCAAUGCAAUAUUAGUCACCCUUCUUCUACUACCAAUGCGCCUGAUUGCCAUUCUUCUCAAUUGAUUAUCAAUCCUAUUGAUGCCUUUAUGCACCUUGGUGAUGAUCCUAUACCGACAACACGUGAUGAUUAUAUGAUGAUGAUCAACAAGACAAAUUCAACUACGUUGGACGAUGAUGAUGAUAAUGACAACAAUGGAAAACAUGUUACUAGUAAUCUUUUCUUUUCAAAACUUGAAGAACAACCAUUACCAUCACCUAUUCGACGACUCUAUUACAUCAAUGAAUAUGGACAAGAAAUCUAUCCAGUACCGAAUCCCAAAGUUAUCACACAACUCUCCACCAAAAAUACAUUGAUCUAUUCUAUUGGGUCUCUUUAUACUUCUAUUGUACCUUCCUUAAUUCUUCGAAAUGUAGGUAAUGCCAUCGCUCAAUCACAAUCUCUACAAUACAAGAUUUUAUUACUGAAUGGAUCCAAUGAUCGGGAAACACGAGGGUAUUCUGCAUUGGACUUUAUUUUGACCAUUACUGCUGCUUUGAACGAAAGUCAAAAGAUCGAUUGCCGUCGUGCCUUUUAUCAAACCAAUCUGUGUGAACGUGGUGCUUCCUCCUAUAGCGGUCGGACUACCCAUGGACCUACUCAACAUUUAUGCUCUGGUUACAAAUCAUCUUUACCACCACCACCACCACCGUCAUUAUCAUCAUCAACAUCCAUUCGACCUGAUAGUGGUUACGCAUCUUUCUCAAGUUCACCUACUCAUCAUUAUCCACCUUUUCCUGAUCAACUCUUUCAACCUUCACCACCAAAUGCCUUUAUUUCUCAUUUGGUCUAUUUGGAUCAAGGUGAAAUUUCUGUGGAUGUAUCAGCUAUCGAACAAUUUGGAAUUCAAUGUGUCAAGGUCAAAGGUCAUCAAUGUGCUUCUACUGGAAAACCUAUUUAUGAUGAUGUUACGUUGACAAAUGUAUUACGAACCCUUUGUAUAUAG